AUGGCUGCACCCCAUUCACCAAGCUCUGGAGUCGUGAAAUAUUUACUUAAAUGGGCUCCUACUUUGAUUGACAUGAAGAUGGAAGAGAUUGAGGUGGAAGAUGAGGAAAUUAUUGUCACUGAGAAGGAGAAGAGCCUUACUAUUGAAAAAGGCCAAGCCUCCAUCUCAGCCCAGUCCACUUCCACAAAGCCCAAUAAUAAACCAUCAUUUGCGGUCCAAACCAUGCUAGCAAGUAUUAAUUUUGGUGCUCACAUUCAGAAACCGUCGGCAACUUCACUAGCUGUCCAAACAAUUCCAGAGAACGUUAAUUUUGGUGUUCACGCUCAGAGGUCGUCUGCAACUUCGCCUGCUUUCUUAACAAUUCCAAUAGGUGUUAAGUCACUUCCUAAUAAACAGAUGUCAUCAGCAAUAAAUAAAGAUACAGUGGUGCAUAUUGUCGAUGGAAUCCACCCAUCUCAAGCUCAAAGAGAUGCCAACAUGGAUAGCAGCAGCUUGGAAGAUGAGGAGAAAAUCGAA